GGCCUGUCAGGGCGGGCCCCACCCGCCGUUCCUAGCCACAGGUGGUGCCGCCACCAGCCCGGUGACAGGUGUUGAGGCCAGGAAGCCAGUCCAGCCGCUGCACCCGCCAUGGUGUCCCGGGACCAGCCUCACCCGGGCCCCCGGUACGUGGGCCUGUGGGACUUCGAGGCCCGGACGGACAAAGAGCUGAGCUUCCGGGCCGGGGACCUGCUCCACGUGGCCAGGAAGGGGGAGGAGUGGUGCUGGGCUGUGCAGCUGGACGAGGCAGGCAGGGCCCUAGCUGAGGGCUACGUGCCCCACAGCUACCUGGCCGAGAAGGAGACGGUGGAGUCUGAACCCUGGUUUUUUGGCCGCAUCUCCCGCUCCGAAGCGCUGCACAGGCUGCGGGCAGAGGGCAACACAGCCGGGGCCUUCCUGGUCAGGGUCAGCGAAAAGCCGGGCGCCGACUAUGUUCUCUCAGUGCGUGACGACCAGGUCGUGCGACACUACAGGAUCUGGAGGCGUGCUGGCCGGCUGCACCUCAGCGAGGCCGUGUCCUUCCCCGGCCUGUCCGAGCUCGUGGACCACCACAAAGCCCAGAGCCUGUCCCACGGCCUGCGGCUCACCGUGCCCUGCUGGAAGCAUGAGCCCAAGCCCCUGCCCCACUGCGACGACUGGGAGAUGCCACGGGAGGAGUUCACACUCUGCAGGAAGCUGGGGUCCGGCUGCUUCGGGGAGGUCUUUGAAGGGCUCUGGAAAGACCAGGUCCGAGUGGCUAUUAAGGUGAUUGCUCGAGAUGACCUCCCGCACCAGCACACCUUCCAGGCGGAGAUUCAGGCCAUGAAGAAGCUUCGGCACAAACACAUUCUGCCGCUGUAUGCCGUGGUGUCCGUGGGGGACCCCGUGUACAUCAUCACAGAGCUCAUGCCAAGGGGAGCCCUGCUGGAGCUGCUGCGGGGCUCUGACGAGAAAGCCCUGCCCGUCUCGGAGCUGGUGGACCUCGCAUCGCAGGUGGCCGAGGGCAUGUGCUACCUUGAAUCGCAGAAUUACAUCCACCGGGACCUGGCCGCCAGGAACAUCCUCGUGGGGGAAAACAACAUCUGCAAAGUCGGGGACUUUGGGCUAGCCAGGCUCAUCAAGGUAGGGCCCGGGGAGCACGCAGGACUCCCUCUGCGCAUGGAGCUGGGGUUCAAGGGAGGCCGGCUGAGCAGCCACAGGGCGGGACGCCGGAGUAGCGGCAGCUCCCAGGUGAGGCCCGGGGCGCAGCCUUCAUGGGGUGGGCAGGCCUCUCCGGGGACUGAGAGCUGGAGGGGCAGGGGGACCCCCGGAGGAGAGAGAAGCCACACGGGGGGCCCGUGGGGCGCUCCUGGGUGGGUGGGGCACCUGCUCACUCUUUCAUGGUGUCUUGCGUUCAGCGCUCAGCGAGGGGAGAGGGUGGGAGUGGCUUGUGAGCUUAGGGCAAACGUCCCCCCCACAGAAGACACUUUUAUCGUGGAGGGUUCUGAAGACAAACGUGGACAAAAUGGUGUAACGAGCCCCCUCCCCAGCCCCAUCCGGUGUCCCCUCCUUCCACGGUUAGACCCAGGUCGACACGUGCACACUGAGACUCCAGACAGAAACAGACACAGACACAUUUCUGACAAUUAACGGGACUCCUUAAGGUCAUCACAUGCCCCCUCGGAGCUAAGUUUCCAAAUUCCUGAGAGCCAAGAAUUCAUUUGUUUGCUCCCACUGCCUGACCCCUUCAGUCUGUGCUCCCCUGCGGCUCCUUCAGUGUUGGGCCUGGCUCUCUGGCUCCCUCUUCCCAGAAACCCCCCUUGUGGCAGGGCCUUCCACUCAGGGCGGGGUCUGUCGGUGGGCGAGUGGGUUCUGCCUCAGUUCCCCUGGCAUGGUGGGGCACCGAUGGCCAGAGUCCAGGGCCCUCCACUCAGGGGCUGAUAUCCUGAUGCUGUAGUCCUUGACUGGAGGCUGGGUACUUCUAGAAAGGCAUUUCCCUCAUUCACUUGGUGGCCAGCCCAUCCGGGCUGUCUCUAUGAACCCAUGGUUUGAACACACCGGCAGCCUCCAGCGUGGCAGGCACUGUCCCUGCUCGUGCUCACGCUGGCCGACCUCUGGGACACGGAUGCCACCUGGGAGGGGCACGUGUAUCCCAGUGCUUCCUGCGCACCCCCCGCCCCCAGCCCCUGAAUCUGGUGGCCCAGGGCCUGCCUGUCUCCCAGUGCCAGCACCACCUCCCUCUAGUGGCAACCGUCCAUCAUCAGUGCCCAGUCUGGCCCACCGCGAACCCCAGCUCCCCACGUGCGUCCCCACGUGCGUCCGUGCUGCGGGGCCAGAGCCUGCAGGCUGCCCCGUGGCCUGCCCCAGCACGUCUCCGCUCGCAGGAGGACAUCUACCUUUCCCACGGCCGCAACAUCCCCUACAAGUGGACCGCCCCGGAGGCCCUGUCAAGAGGGCUUUACUCCAUCAAGUCGGA